GAAGUUCUUUGCUCUCCGCCGCCGAAAUUUACGCAAGUGUGUUGAAUGUUGCCGCCAGCGGUGUGCGGAACUUGUGAGCGCAUGCCUAAAGCUGCAGCCACGCUUCGCCGGUGACAGCUGCGAGGGGCAUCUCCCCCAAGCUAGCGUGCUCCCGGCUCUGAUGUGUUAUCGAUUGGUCUCAGCAGGCGCCGCUCUCAGAAGCGUCAGCCUCGGCGACGCCAAGUGCAUUUCGGGCAACUGCGCCGCGCGCACACUCGUCAGCUGUGUGAGGCCGGCGUAAACAAAUGCCGCUCGUAUGCAAGUAACAGGGGCCCAUCUCCCGCGGCAUUAGACACAUUUGCUUUUACAACAUGCGGUGUGUCUGCGCAGUGCUUCAUGUGUGAUUCGCAGUCAAGCAAACAGUCAUGGCGAUUGGGACCGAAGCAGCUGCCGGCUACGGCGCAGAGCCUUCGAGACUGAAUGUUGAUGGGGAUGGCGUACGCGAUGCUUCCUUGCCCGAGAAAGAACUCCAUCAGUGUCCCAAGUGCAAAAAGGCAUUUGCUCACGGACAGAUUCUGCAGCUGCAUAUCAGAGUCCAUGAGGGAGGUGGGCAGAAAACUGAGGACUGUACACAGGUAGUGACUGCUGUACAUGAGCCAGGCCAGAGCAGUUCCUCUGCAGCAGAAUCUCACCCCAUGCAGCAGCAGCAACAGCAGCAGCAGCUGGGCCUUCCUCAGAAGAAGCCUGUUGGACUUACAAAAAUACGACUUGAAGAUUGUCUACGAUGUGAUGCUUGCUCCUGCAUAUACAUAGAUAAAAGUGAUUACAAUAAACAUAUGAGAAAUUUUCAUCAGAAAGUUACAUCAAAGAAACAGAAAAUAAAAAAGGAGUGCAAGUCAUGUUGUCGACAUUGUAACUGUAAAGGAAAUCAUAAACAUCACAGUGUUGAGAAAGAAAGAAGUAACAACAAUCUCUUUCAUUACAAUAUUAAGGAUCGAUGGAGCAAAAUGGUCUCACAAAGAAUAAAUAUCAAAGAGGUAAAGCAGAAAAUCAAACAAGAACCACACUGUGAACCAGAAGCUGUGGACUACAGUCAUCUUUUAAGUCAAGUGGAAGUUAAGAUCAAAACAGAACCAUCUGAAGAGGACUACAAUAUGAGCAAUGGAAUUUUAAGCUGAUUAUAUAUGUGACCAAAGACAGUUUUGCAGAGCAUCAGUUCAUUUGUUUAUUUAUUUAUUUAUUGCAUAGAUGUACUUCUGCUACUAUUCUAGUCAUUAUAAAAUCAGAGAUUUACUUUUUUGUGUUAAAUAUUUUUAAUUUAUUGACUCAUCUAUUUAUUGGUUUAUCAGUGGAUUUUCCUACACAAAUGUGAUUUGAUACCAAAUAUGCCAUGAUCUUGCAUUUUAAGGAGAUUGGUGGUUAAAUAGUAAUUUAUUUAAGAAUAUUGACUAUCAGAACAAUGUUCUGAAAGAGUACAAUACAUAAAAGUAAUAUUAUGAAAACUAUUACGAAGCAUGCAUGUUUUUGUACAGUGACUGUGUAUUUGAACUACAUACAGCCAAGUAUUUUGUGAACAAAACAGUGCAUGUGCCUGGACUAAGAAUCACUUCAUUUGACAUGAAAAAAUGAUAAGAAAUAAUAUUUUUGGUAAUGAAAAAUAUUUUGCUAAUGAAAAAUAUGAUGCCCUGAACAUAUUAUAUAUAAGAUCAAGAGGGAAGUUUUCCAUGAGAAAUGUUUGUGCUGAAGUUGGAAAAUGAAAGUAAAACAUAUUUAACCAUUUUUACGGUAGUGUUUAGUAUAAUUACCAAUGGAACAGGUAUCUUUUAUCACUACAUUAGUGUCUAGUGACAUGUACUUUUAUAAUAGCAGAUAUGAACAUAAAUUGGAAAACUGCAUGUAUCUUUUAAGACAUGGAAUAACAUGAUACUGCAAAAAUGUUUAGGAGAAAAAUUUUCCAAACGGUGUCUGACCUUCUGUAAGUUGGACUUCUCUCUCAUGCUUGGUGAAAAUGAAAGAUAGACUGCUAUAUUGUGUAUAGUUCUUGCUCUAAAUUCUUUAAACAUCUUAGUGGAUAAAUAAUUGAUUUGUACACAGUAGUAUUAUUCAUAAUAGAGAAUGUAUGUUGUUUGUAUUUAUUUAUAUUUACUGGUAAACUGAGGGUGUGAAACAUUAUUCUAAUCUUAAAAGCUUUAAAAUUGAGAAACAUUUACAUUGCUCUUACUAACAUGCAGAUGUACAGAGCAGAGUCAUUUCACAAAUAAAAUUUAUACAAU